AUGAGAGAAGAGACUUCCGGAUCGACAGGAUGGUACCGACUUGGUCGUUUAAUGAUUACGAUGGGCGAAUUCGAUCAGGCUGAAAAAGUCUACAAUGCAUUACUCGAUGCAUCAUCAGGCGACGAUUGCCAACAAAUUUCCGAUCUUUAUCAUCAACUCGGAUUCAUAUACAAAGAAAAAGGAGAUUUGGAAAAAGCCCUCUCUUAUUAUCAACAGACACUUGAACUUCAAGAAAAGUCAUCCGUUCCCAAUUAUGCAUCGCUAGCCACCACGUAUAUUAAUAUUGGCGAAGUACAUCGAGAUAAAGGAGACUACUCAACAGCCCUAAAGUUAUAUGAAAUGGCUCUUCAAAUCCAAGAAAAGGCUCUUCCUUCAAACCAUUUAUCACUUGCUACUACAUUCAAUUGCAUAGGUCUCGUACAUCGAGACAUUGGAGACCACUCGAAAGCUCUUAGUUUCUAUGAAAAAACACUUCAAAUUCAAAAGAAAGCUCUUCCUGCAAAUCAUCCAUCAUUAGCGACUACUUUCAAUUGCAUCGGUGCAGUAUAUGAUGCGAUGGGAGAUUACACAAAUGCACUUUUGUUUUAUAAAAAAACACUUGAAAUACAACAAAAUUCUCUCCCAUCAAACCAUCCAUCUUUGGCUACCACCUACAACAACAUUGGUGCUGUGCAUGAUUCAAUGGGAGACAGUUGGACUGCGGUUGCUUUCUAUCGAAAAACACUCGAUAUCGAACUAAAAUCUCUGCCAGCUAAUCAUCCUUCUUUGGCCACGACUUAUAAUAACAUGGCGAUGGCAUUCGAAGGGCUUGAAGAAUAUCAAUCAGCUGUCGAAUAUGCUCAACGCGCUGUUGACAUUGGUCGCGAAGCACUAGGACCUAGCCACGCUCAAGUUCAAAGAUAUGAAAGUUAUCUCAAUAGGAUUCGUCGACAUUUGUAA